CUAAACGUUAUUCCAAGUAGCUUUCCAAGAAAGUCACUUGCCCUUUUCCAAUUAAAUUUCCCAUGCAAUUAACUACAAUUGCUUUUCACGAUAUAUAAUUUAAUACCAGAAAAUGGUGAUAAUCUUGGGAAGUGUUAAUUUGACUAAUUUGAACAAAUCUCAUCUAUAAAUUCUCCCACCUUUCCGUCACAUUCAUUCGCACUACCAAACUAAAAUAUAUAAAUCUCGUCUUAAACCCAUACCAAACAAGCUCACAUAUUGUCAAGAGUUGAAACGUAAAAAUGGACAAGAAAGAUGUUAGCGCAAAAGCUAGUUCGGUAGCUCAGAGCAGCAGUACCCCAAGCAGUGGCACUGCUCCUGGUCCUGGGAAUAUGGUUGCGCCCGGUUCUGGUGGUUCUACUCAUAUCCCUAGAGAUGCUUUUGAGGCCAACUCUAAGGCUUACUUUGACAAUCUCCAUGCCAAAGUCAAGGCAAAUAAGUGAAUGUGUUUCUUCAAAAAAAAAAAAAACAAAACAUAAACACUUGUUUGUUUAUGCUCCUAUUAAGAAUCAUUAUCUUUAAAUAAACGAGAUUUAUCUCUUUUUUUUAUGAUUUAUCUUCGGCUUUUAUUUGCUUCUUUUUUACUUUUACAUGCGUUGAGUUACUUGAGUAUAGUGGUAUUAAGCAAACACUUGUCUCUCUUCCU